AUGGUGAACGGGACCGCCGCCGUGUUGGAGCCCACAUUCACCGGGUAUGUCGCAACCACUCAGGACGCCCUGAUCCUCUUCGAGGCAUGCUUGACCGGUGUCUUGCAUCACGUACCGCGCCGCCCUCACGACAGAGAACGGAGUCAUCUCGUGCGCAGUGGCAGCGUCUUCAUCUAUGAGGAGAACGCAUCCGGCAUCAAACGCUGGACCGAUGGAGUCACCUGGAGUCCCAGUCGCAUUCUGGGUAACUUCCUUGUUUACCGUGAACUGGACAAGCCAUUUCCUCCUGGGGAGAAGAAGCGCGCCAUGAAGAAAGCCACUCGACGACCAGUUCCAGCCGGCCGGCCUGGCGAACCUUAUCCGCGACACGAUAGCAGCCAAGGCUAUUCUCCGACAUCUCCCAGCUCGGGGCACUUCUCAGACCGUUCGUCCCAUCAAUCGGAGCUCGAACGGGCAUUGGUUGGGUCCCUGGUUGAUUCGUACGGCUUCAAGGACUCUGGGUUAGUCAAGAAGACGAUGAGCGUGACGGUUUUGGGCGUGACCCACCAUUUGGUCUCAUACUACAGUGUGGAGGACGUGAUGCGCGGCAUCCUCAACCCACCCUCGAUGGUGGAUUCCCUACGCUUUAUCCGACCCCGCACCGAACUCACCCAGAAACAAAGCUUCCGUUCUCCGAUCGACGAGCUAGAGGCCAACGCCGUGGAAAACCAGGAACCCUCCCAUGCCGCUCUAUACGGAUAUCGCCCACAGAUGAUGGCCCCACCCACUUAUGCCAUGCCAAAUCCUUCAAACGACUUCUACAUGCACCCUAGUCCCUAUGCUGCCACACAUCCCCCGCAGCAAGGCCCAAUCCAGGGAUACUCGAUGUCCGCGCCGAUGGCAGGCCAAUCCGCGCCAAAUCCGUACCUGCCAAAUCCUGGGCAGUCCGCCAUCCCCCCAAAGCAGGAAGACUACCACGCGUUCCGCGCAGGGCCUUACGGCGGCAGCAUGGACUCAAUGAGCGCACACAGCAUGGCCUCAAUCCCAGGCGGCAUCAACGCGGGACUCCCCAGCUCGCUCAACGAACGCAACAGAUCCACUUCGGACCACAGCCCUUCCGCCUACCGCAAUUCUUCUAUCUCUUCGCGCAGUCAGGCAACAGACGCUACCUCCCCCAUGGAUCCUUCCACCCCGGCCACCUACUCCCGCGGCAGCUUCAGCCUGUCCGGCCAGCUGGAACACCCACACUCAGCACUUGAUCGCAACAUACCUGGUCUCGAUCCUAACGUUCCUCGUCGCGAAUCAAAUCCUAUCCAUCCGUCCUACUACAAUACGGAUCGCUCCCAGUACUACGUACCCGCACCUUAUGCUGCCACGCAACCCAUGUCGACAUGGACGACUACGGCGGCGUCGCAACCGCAAAUGGCGCAACCUCAAAUCUAA